CUCCUCUAGCCACGCCCCUUCCGGCUCUCCCUGCCUGCCAUAGAGACGAGAGGGCUGGGUGAGCAGCGCGCCCCCUGCUGGUGGUGCGUUAGGAGGAAUCAUGGCGGUCAGCAGGCUGUGCUCGCUGUCUCGCCUCACCCUGUGCCGCCCAGUGCUGGCAAUGCUGCGUGCACCACGAGGCUACAGCGGGGCCUCGCAGGGUGACCCGGGGAAGGAUGUGCUGGAGAUGCCACUGCCGCCAUGGAAGGAGCGCCCCAAUGAGUCCCUGGACACCAAGAGAGCACGUCUGCUGUACGAGAGCAGGAAGAGGGGCAUGCUUGAGAACUGCAUCCUGCUCAGCCUUUUUGCCAAGGAGAACCUGAGCCGUAUGGAUGAGCGGCAGCUGAACCUCUAUGACCAACUCAUCAACGUUCCCAGCAACGACUGGGACAUCUACUACUGGGCCACAGAAGCUAAGCCCACGCCGGCUGUGUUUGACAAUGAGGUGAUGGCCAUGCUGAAGGAGCUUGCUAAGAACAAGAAGAAGGAGCAGAGGCUGCGGCAGCCAGACCUGGAGUACCUCUUUGAGUCCACAAACUGACAGCCCUCAGGGCACAAGAAAUAAAGCUGUGGCUGCGAGCUACUGGUACCAGUGUCCGCUGCCUCCACGUA